ACAAAGUUUAUUUAUUGGUGGAACAAAUCCACGUCAAGUUGUCCAGAAAUUUAAGAAAGAAGGGUAAGAAUAUGCAAUCCAUAUUAUAUUGCUAGCCCAUGUCAAUGUUUAUAAAAUAUAACCUGGUGACUAUAUUUGACCGGCGGCUGGGCACGUUCUCAACCGGCAGUCAUUUUCUCACUUCUUACCAGGUAACAUAAAGCGUUUUUGUAAAGCUUUUCAGCGAGCUUUUUGGUAUGACGUCAGGAGUUUGAGUUUGCUACGGUGUCACAGCGGAUAGUGCCCCCCCCCCCCACCUCACUGCCGCCCCCCUCCCCCCACGAAUUUUCAUACGAUUGAUAUUUUUAAGUUAUGCGCUGACAGACGAACCAAGAUAGACAGAAAAGUACAUAUAAUAAAAUCCAUGUUUUCGAUUCGAAAAUAUUGGCGAAGAAUUUAAAAUCAUUGUACGUGUUAUUUUAGUGGCAAUAUAAUAAUAGGGACUCCAGGAAGAUUGGAUGAUAUAUUUUGUCACAAACCUGAUGGCUUAGAUCUUGCUGCUUGUGCUAAAUCUUUGGUAUGGAAUUUAUAUAUCAAAAUAUUAUAUAAUUAUUUGACCUAAGUCUCGUAUAGGAUCGUUUGAAACCCACCUAAAAAGCGAAAAUGUUUUACUUUUGAAGGAGGUGUUGGUUUUUGAUGAAGCAGAUCGUCUCUUGGAUAUGGGUUUUGAGAAAAGGUAAUGAAAUGUUAUCACUGAACUAUCUUUAUCUAUACUCACUGGAUAACUCAGUUCUGUCUAAACGUUGUCCGUAUUUACUGUAGAGGUCCAAAAAGCCAGUAUUAAAACAGCUUAUAAUCCUUUGCUCUCUUAUUUUGAAGCAUUAACAGUAUUCUUGGUUUUCUGCCAAAGCAACGUCGUACU